CUUUUUUAAACAGCAAUAUUACUUAGCUGAGAAAUGUUAAUGGUACCCUUUCAUUAUAACUAUAAAAUAUCUCGGCCCGAUGUGUGACACAUCCAGGGCUAGAGUCAUCCAUUGCGAGAGUUUGCGUCUCCAAACUAGUUUGGAAAAAGGGAGAGCCGAUCCCGAAGUUCCCGGCCUGCCAAAAUUGGUUGAUUUUUCAGUGGGACUUUUCAGUGGUUCAUUCUAAGACUUUCUUCUCAGACACUUUAACUUGGGAUCAUGCUCAUUCUUGGAGCAUCCGUUUUGCUUCUUCAAGUAUUUGCAACAGCCUCAGCUACCGAGGCUGAACGCUAUGACACUGCUACCAACGUGACCUCGAGGUCGGGCAAAGCCCUUUCCAUUUUCCAGAUCAUCAAGUUCAAGCAUGAUCCAUGCCCAGGAGAUGGAACCAGGCAAGGAAUUUGCCAUUCCAAUGCCGAAUGCGUGGCCCUAGGAGGCAAAAGCUCUGGCUCUUGUGCCAAUGGGUAUGGAGUGUGCUGCAUUGUCGCUCUUACCUGUGGUCAAACCACUUCCAGUAAUUGUUCCUAUUUGACCCAACCUACAAACCCCACUGGGUCCAACAUGGUUUCCGUUUGUCAAUAUACAGUAUGCAAAUGUACGCCCGAUGUUUGUCGGAUCCGAUUGGACUUUACGACUUUUAGCAUCGCUGGGCCACAAGUGGGAACCACUUUUGAUGGAGCAGCACCUUUGAAUAUAGGAAAUGCCAUUGGCGAGUGCUCUACCGACUCGUUCGCGAUGACUCUGAGCGAAGGACACUCUCCGUCCCCGAUUUGCGGAUUCAACACCGGUCAACACAUGAUUUAUGAACCGAGUGAUAUGUGCGAUGAAGCUACUUUUAUUUUGGGUGCUGCUGCUGCUGGCGUUAGAGCAAGAAACUGGGAUAUCAAGAUCACACAAUAUAAGUGUGGAGACGAAGCUGUGGCAGGUCCUCCUGGAUGUCUUCAAUAUUUCUCAACUGAUGUUGGGCGGAUUUCCAGCUACAAUUUCCCAACAAACAGUGCGACUAUUGGGGCCCAAACCACUCAUUUGUCUCGACAAGCCUACUCAAUUUGCAUUCGCCGAAAUGAGGGAUUUUGUGCUAUUUGCUACGUUCCUUCCAUUGUUCCUCCUGCUCCUACAGCAGCUGAUCAGGCAUCCUAUGGAUUAGACAAAGGCGCUGCUGCGGUUCAUGAUCUGGACUGCCGCUUUGACUAUCUGCAGAUCCCAAAUGCCGAGGCCUUUCCAUUGCCAGUGGCCAUGCCUGGAACACCUCUUACCAAUAUGAUUGGAAAGCAACUAUUUUGCGGGCGAAUCUUCAACGUCGACGUGGCUGCCGCUCUCCCCGCUUCCGUUUGUUCAACUACGGCGCCAUUUCGCCUUGGAUUCUCGACGGGUGGUGGAGAAUUUACCAAUAUGGCAACCCCUGAGAAGAACGAAUUGAUGGGCGCCCCUGGUGGGAUUGUGGGUUUUAGUUUGGAUUACAGGCAAAUUCCCUGUUGAUGAACACGAACAUUGAUUAUACAUUUUGUUCGAUUGGCCUCUGUUAUACAGAGUGCGUUGUUUAGUUCUGCAAAGAAACCUUUUAUUGACAACACCAUGAAAUGAGAAAUAAAUUGCCUUAUGUAAACGA